UUCCCUUAUUAUUUUGUAAUACAAAUGUAUUUGGAAAUCUCGAACCAGACGCUCGUAUGCGCGAGGUUCUUCGCGAGAUACGAUUUCGAAUUCGAAUAUAUUUUCGAAUGUGUAUUUUCUAUUCUUUUUACAAAUAUGUCAUCGUAGGAAAAUCUCGAUUUAUCGGUAUGUCGAUCCCGACUUGAAUUACUGUUCGCAAUAUUACUAGUCUUACUGUUAUAACUGCUCGCAGAGAUAACCUCAUUAUUCUAUAUUGAUGUACACAUUUAAAUUUAUCAUUUUGUGAUAGAGAUAUUCAUAAUCAUCGAAUAUUAAAAUAAAUCUACUUACAUAUUUCAAUGUGUGUGUGUUGCAACAGUGCGCUUUUUUUGUUAUCGUUUCCAAAUAUGGAUGUAUUACAUGAAUUACAUGAUUAAAAUAUAAAAUUGUAGAUUGAUUUUUUGUGUGUGUUGGGAAAUAGAAUUGUAUAUUAUAGCAAAUAAUUUUGUAUAUCUAUAUAUAUCACAAUUCAUAUAUAUUGAAAUUUCUAUUGCAAGCUGCAUUAAAAGUUAAUUGUGCAAAUAUCCUGAAUCUUAAACGAUACGUUAUAAUGCUUAGUUAGAUCACUCUACAAUCCUUAUCAGCAAUGAGUGAAGAAACAAAUAUAGAUGUAUCUUAUUUGAGUUGUGAUAUAAAUGGCACAAAAUAUAUUUACAAAAUUGCGCCGUAUUCGAUGGACAUGAUAAAAGAUACAUUUAAUGAAGAGCAAAAUACAGAUGAUAUUAUGAAGGAAACUAAGCUGGAAAACGAACAAGAGUCAAUUUCUUUGGUUUAUUUGAAUGGGCAAGUGUAUGCGUUUCAAAAUGGAGUGCUUCAAGAAUUGGACACAAAUCAGAUUAUGGAACAGACAGAUUUUCAGGAAAAAGCACUCUUAGUAUCAAAGGAUGUGGAAAAUUGUGGGAACGAAUAUAUCACUAAUGGAAAUAUAAUGGUUAAAAAUGAACAUUCUGAAGAACAAUAUGAAGUUACUACAGAAGAAGCAAGGAAAGAUUUUGUUAUAGAGGAUGAUAAUGUUAAUGUUGAUGAUUUUGUAGAAAUUGUAACUGCUUUUAAAUGCAAGAUAUGUGCUUAUAUAACUCAAAAUAAAAUUCAAUUAUUAAGCCAUAUUCAAAAAAUGCAUCUAAAUUCUACUAUAGAUAUUGAGUCAAAGGAAGAAUCUAAAAAUAUGAGUGGAGUAAGAAUAGUUUAUAUGUGUGCAGAAUGUUCCAAUUGCUUCCCUUCUUUUGAGGACUGCAGAGAGCAUAUGAUUAAUGAUCAUCAAUUAACAGACAUUGGAAGCGAUGAAGCAGGAAAAGAAAAUUUGACUGAUUUGACAAAUCCCGAUUUAAUGACCGAACAUGUAGAUCAACCUAUCGAAAAUAGUAAAGUAGAACAUCCAGUAAAAAUCCCAAAAACAUUAAGCUUAGAAUAUAUGCGUAACAAGAAAAUGAUAGAAUUAACGGAAAGAAAUGUUAAGUGUUCGUAUCAGAGUUGUCCAUACAAAUUCGCCUCAGAAGAAAUUAUGCAGCAACAUAUUCUAUGUCACACAGAAUCUGAAACUAUGACAAAAUUCAAAUGCAGUGUAUGUCGAGAUGUAAAAUUUACAAAGUGGCGUCAAUGUAGUUUACAUUUGUGGAAAAAGCAUCAAAUUGAUAUAGGUCUGUUCACUUGCAAAAUAUGUGAAGCUUACAAAAGCGCUACCAUGGUGAAACUUUUAACACACAUGAGAGUGCACAGUGAUACUCGUGAUUACGAAUGUCCUGAUUGUGGAAAAUGUUUCAAGCAAGCUAGUCAAUUGCGCAAUCAUCGUGUAAUGCAUUUAGAUCGCAAAACCUUAGAAGUAACCCGAUGGUAUACCUCUAAGAAAUGCGACAUGUGUGGUAAAACCUAUGCAAACUCAAAAUGUUUAAAGAAUCACAUUCAAGCCGUGCACUCGAAACUACGUCCAUAUGUUUGUAAUGUUUGCGGCCACUCUAGCGCCAGAAAAGCGAUGUUGCAAAUGCAUUUACGUCAACACACGGGAGAUAAACCUUUCAGUUGCGAGAUUUGUGAAUACAAGACUGGAGACCAUAACUCUUUAAGACGGCAUAUUAUGCAACAUACGGGAUUUCGACCAUAUAAAUGUCCACAUUGUUCAUAUACUGCAAUACAAAGUAGUAGUUAUAAAAAUCAUUUAAAAUCGAGGCAUCCUCUACUGUCUGGCUUAUUUACGUGCGAUCUGUGUCCUUUUAAAACAGUGAAAAAUGAAAGCUAUAUUCAACAUGUAAGAGAUCAUGAAAAGGGUUUAAUAAAAUCUAAUGUGCAGAAAAAAGACAGCGAGAAUGUAGAAGUCUUUCCUGGUAACAUUGCAGCAGCACAAUUAGUUUACAGCUGUCUGGGUGCCUUUUCGAAAGAUGGAGAUACAUUAGAAGCUAAUUUGAUGUCUUCCUCAACAUCUGCUGAUGGCACUUCACAAACAAUCACAAUACAAAUACCAUCAAAACAUCUCGAGGGUUCAUUAUCAACAAGAGAAAGUUUAAACAAAACUGAUUCUACAAUUGAGCAAGAGGAUGAUGAGACGAUGCAUUGCUUUUUAAAAAUUCCUAGAGAAGAGGAAGAAAGCAUAGACACUGGUGGUAUAACAAUACCCGCAGAACCUGAGGAAAGAAGUGCGAGAAGCAUUGAUAUUGAAAACACCUGCAUGACAACCAGUGAUAUUGAAGAAACAAAUGUGACCGCUAUUGAUAUUGAUGCAUAAAAUUAUACAAAUAAUAAUUAAUUGAUAAUUAAUGUCAAAUUAAUAAAAUGAUCUCUAUAACCA